CUUCCCGCCAUAAACACCACCACUACUCCUCUGUCCCCGGAUUCGGCACCACACCCAAACGACAAUCGUCUCUCUCUCUCUCUACCUACUCUUUCUCUCUCAUCACAUACACAUAUAUGAUAUAUACACAUACGGGUAUUUUGUAUUGUCUGGAUUUUUCUCUAUAUAUUCAGAAAAAGGACACUCUUUUUAAGCUAAAGCUAGCUCUUCUAUAUAUUCAGAAAAAUUGAGAGAGGUUACUCUGUUUUCUACUGAAUUUUUUUAGAGAGACAGAGAGAGAGAGAGUGAGAGGUGGUGGUGGUGGUGGUGAUGAAACCUGCAUGGCUAGAAGGUUUAAUGGCGGAGGAGACAUUCUUUGCAGCAUGUGGGGUCCAUGAGAACCGGAGGAAGAACGAGAAGAACAUCUUUUGCUUGGAUUGUUGUCAAAGCUUUUGCCCUCACUGCCUUCCCUCUCAUCGCUCUCAUCCUCUGCUUCAGGUGAGACGAUAUGUCUACCAUGAUGUUGUUAGAUUGGACGACCUCGAGAAGCUCAUUGACUGUUCCUAUGUUCAGCCCUAUACAAUAAACAGUGCAAAAGUGAUAUUCUUGAAGCAGAGGGCACAGUCUAGGUCUUGCAAAGGCUCUGCCAACUUUUGCUUCAAUUGUGACAGAAUCCUUCAGGAUCCUUUCCACUUCUGUUCUCUUUCAUGCAAGGUUGAUCAUAUGGUGUAUCAAGGGGAAGAAUUAUCAAGAAUCUUAUACCGAUUUGACGAAUCCGAUUUCGCCUUCUCUCAGCUAGAGGGGCUCCAGAUGGAUGGCUCGGAUCUAGUGGUCGACGAUGACGGGCAAAUUACCCCCAACUCCAUCCUAGAGGACCCAUUACAAUUCAAAGGCUCGGCAUGCUCCAGCAAUUCCAUGGGCAAUUCUGGAAUUUCACAUGAUCCCGAGGAGAAGAGGAAGAAGAAAGGGAGUGGUGGAUUCCUCCCUGGGAUUGUUCUCUCCCUCAGCAGCAGAAGAAAAGGAGCUCCCCAUAGGUCUCCUCUUUCUUGAACAAAAAUUUGUACUAGGUUUCUAUUUAUAAAUAAUUAUGUUAUUAAGUUCAUCGAUGCUUCAUAUUUAUCUCGUGCAACGUUAUUGCAUGGGUAAUGUUUGUACCGAGUGUUAUUUAUGAUUUUUUUUUCUACGUCUUUUGUAAUUUUUUUUUUUAAUCAGAAUCAGCUCUAGACAAUUCCAUUACUGACCAUAGGUGGUUGUGGAGAGAGACUGUAAUUGGAGAGUUAGGCUCUCGACUACACCAAUUUUGUACCGGUGUAAUGGAAAUGUUACAUAUUUAUUUGAUAUUUAUGUAUUUUUAAACUAAGUUAAUGGAAAGUGUGUUU